AUGGCACUUGUACGAAUUCGAUGCUUGUCUCAUCUAAACGCAAUCAACAAACGAAAAGUAACUCUUGCAACUGCUAAGCAAAUUGUAGUUGCCGACAACUUUGACAAUGAACGGAUGAGCAAUCUAAGUAGCGAAAUGAUCAACAUUUACGAUUUCUCCAUCAGCAAUAUGACAAGCGGAUACAAAAACGCACCUUAUUCAUGGACCGAAACUUUCGAAGUGGAACUUCCGGAGUAUGAACAAAUAAUCACCAAAAUAGUUCACGACUUCAAACCGUUCUACGAGAAACUUCACGCCUAUGUCAGACACAAACUGACAAAAAAAUAUCCUUAUAUGGAAGGCCACGACAAGAUACCGUCGCAUUUGAUUCGGAACCUCUGGGGUCAAAACUGGGACCACUUAAUGGACGAUGUUCAACCUUAUCCUGGUUUCCGAGUUGACCUUAACCCCAAAUUGAAGGAAAAGUUUGGGACUAAUUUUACAAAGAUGGUUCGUUUAGCUGAUAAGUACUAUCAGUCUAUUGGAUUCCCGGAAUUGCCCAAAUCGUUCUUUGAGAAGUCGAUUUUCGUCGAAAGCGAUGCUGUUAACAGAAAGCCGGACUGCCACGGGACAGCGCACGCACUGCAUGUUCCGAGGAGUGACGUGAGGGUAGAGAUGUGUGGGAAAGUGGACAGCGACAGUCUCUUCACCAUUCACCACGAAAUGGGCCACAUCCACUACUAUAUGCAGUACGCCAACCAAACUAACAUAUUCUACCAGGGUGCGAGUCCAGCGUUCCACGAAGCAGUGGGUGACACUAUUGCUCUUCUGGCUACAACUGGACUAGACCAUCUGAUCAACAUUGGACUGCUGGACACUCCCAAAUCAGAAGAAGACAGGGCUGCAAAUUUAAACAAAACCUGGUCCGACUACAGAGAGAAAAUGAUGAUCAACCAAUUGAUGCUCUCAGCCCUGGACAAAAUCCCACUUGUACUAUUUUCUUUCAUAAUCGAUAAGUGGACCUUCGAUUUCUACAGAGAUGAAAUAAAGCACGAAGAGCUGAACAAACAUUGGUGGGAUUUAGUUCACGAGUACCAAGGUCUCACAACUCCAGAUUUCGAGACUAGAGGCGAGGAGUACUUCGACAUAGGGGCCAAAUACCACGUGGCACACCUCAGAUACCUCUACACAAGGUACCAAAUAGCGAGAGUGCAUCAGUUCCAGUUCCUGGACUCUAUCUGCAGACAUGUGGACCAGACAGGAAGAGACAUGAAGAAGUGCAACAUAGAUGGAAAACCAGAAUCAACAAAGGCUUUCCGAGACAUGCUCAAAAAAGGACAGUCAGUUCACUGGAAGCAACAAUUGAGUGAACUAACCGGUGAUCAUGUCAAUUCCAAACUGGCUCUACAAUAUUACGCCCCACUCGAAAGAUGGCUAGACAACUAUUUAGAAGAGCAUGAUGUUAAAGUUGGUUGGGAUAAAGAUGGUGAUUGA